ACAAAUUGAGUAUAAUCAUAGUUUGGUUUGAUAAAUAUAAAAUGUCAUUGCAGUUGGUUUUUGUUUAUUUCUUUAUUUUAAGCUCUCUUGUUUAUAUUCAAUUUCAUUGAUGAAAAUGUUUAUUUUGGGUUUAGGUUAUUCAUUCGUUUUUGUGAAUGUUUGGUGGUCCCCCCCAAAUUGUGUCAUGUGACUCUAUUUACACUUUUAUUUUGAAAGGAUCAAGCCCGCCUGGGACUCCUUUUAUUUUGAAACCGCUCCUCAAAGUGGUAAAUCUGGCCAAAAAACGACGAGUUUCAAGAACCCAAUUUCCCCUGCCCCCCCCUUGGGUCCGUAUCGGUGGGGUGGGGGUUGAGGGGGUAUCACUAUACGUCAAAGGUCGGGGGGCGGGUCGCCUAUAAAGUGCACUCGCGCACGUGAGCCAGCCAGGCAGAUGACGAAAAGACGCUUUCGAGGUCUAGUUUUGCGGGGGGUCAUGACUCGCGACGUGGACGCGCUGCUGUGCGCGUUCAUUCUGACGAUGCUGGCGUGCGCGUGCGGCGGCGGGGAGGCGCGUGUCCGACUCAACUCUAUCCGGACAGUGGUUGUGCACAAGGGGCCCGAGGCCUCGUUCAACCGGAGCGCGUGGGAGCUGACGCUCCGCCAGUGCAUCAGUGACCUGGAGUGCAACGAGGGGAGCUACUGCCACGCCCCCUACCGAAGCUCCGCCCACUCGCGCUGCCGCACCUGCAGGAGGAGGAAGAAGCGUUGCCAUAGAGAUGGCAUGUGUUGCCCCGGCAACUUCUGCAGCAACAGUGUGUGUGUUCGCGAAGCGACGGCGUCCCAGCAGAUCGCCCUGCAGCACGUCGCGCCCUCCCCCAAGGCAAGAUGGCGCAAGCGGGACAAGAUGGAGCUCAGAGGUGCGUCCGGUCAAGGCCAAGUGGGCGACCCUUGUCUCACCUCCGCCGACUGUUGGGACGAGCUGUGCUGCGCUCGCCACUUGUGGACACGCAUCUGCAAGCCCGUCUUACAGGAGGGGCAAGUUUGCUCGGCCCGGCGCAGGAAGCGGCGGCAGGGAGGCCUGGAGCUUUUCCAGCGUUGUCCCUGCGUCCAAGGGCUCGCCUGCCGCGCGCCGCCGGCCGCCGGCCCGCCCUCGUCGCCCCUCAUGGCCGCGGCUAAGUCCAAGUUGGCGGCCUACUCCCGCCGGCCUCGACCUCACGCGGUCAAGGCAAGACUGCACGAGUGUCGGAGGAAGUGAAGGUGGGCUGGGGGGGGCAGUAUUGCCAUGCUUUGCCAUUUGAAUGAAUAUUUUGCACAUGUAUGACCUCUCCGUUGUUUUUUUGGCUCACUUGGGAUGUAGUUGAUUUCGUUUAGAAAAAAAAAAGUGCUUCAUUUCAAAUCGACACUUUACAGAUGUGGCACAGAGCAAACUGCAGGAGUUUCAGAAGGAGCGUUGCUACACUCACACAGGUGGAGUUGGGUGGGGGGGUGGCCACUUUUGCAAUGCUAAUGAACUUUCUGUCAAGCCGCAUUCUCACGCAGCCGGUUUCCUCAGGUCUGUGCCUGAUACACUAGUGUUCAAAAAGUCAUUUAAAAAAAAAAAUCACUCACAAUUGAC